GCAUCGCUUAUGAGUUAACAUCUUUGAUCCUGAUCAUCACAGCAUUCAAAGCAGUUGUACUUCUUUCCCCACCCACCUGUUUACAAGUAUAAAAGACGUGCACUCCGUUCUUCCCUUCAAGCGUCCUCUCCACCUUCUUCAGCAACAUUCGACGUUCACGGAUCAUGCAGCGACCAACUAUCACGGGCAUCCGUGUGCGCACCCCUUCAGACGCUCAUGCCAUAUUCCAUGCUGUUUCCCUCAAAAUGCUUCCCAUCGUGUCCCGACGGCUGGACACCGAGGAGCGUCGAUUGAUUGCGUCGGGUUGUGUGUUUGUCUGGGAAGAACGGGGACCUAACGCAGAGUCUUCAUGUCUAGGAAUUGAGCGGUGGACCGACUCUAUACGCUGGGGACCAAGCAGAGUGAAAGAUGAAUUUCUAUACUAUCAAGAGAAGGGCCCCGAGUCCACGGAGAUGGAGAUGACGUCCGACUCUGAUACACCAGUCUAUUCACCUACGGACUCGAACCGCGCCGUCUUCCGGGACAACCUGAUCAAACAGACAUACUCCGUGUUCGUCGAGACCAAUAGAGGCCGACGGAAAUGGCAUCUCAUCGCGUACUUCACCCAAGAAUCGCUCAACUACUUACGAACGAUUGACAACAUCCCUAUGCUGUCGAGUCUGUACGUUCCGCCGGGGAAGUACACGAGCGCUCGAUCGGCGAAAGGGAGGCCACGGGAUGGCACAGCGUGCGAUCCCUAUGUUCUGAGAAACUACCACCGAUCUGGGGGUGCCCAGCCGAGUCCGAGUCAGUGGCAGGGUACCGGUAUGAUUCGCCCGUAUGGUGCUAGUGAUUCGGUCAGGCCUCGGGCUGGGUCGGGAUGUCUAGCCCCGUUGGCCUAUCUCGAGAAUAUACCGCCGCCGCGAAGGCACCCAGCGGAUGAGGAAGCGUUGAAUGCGCUGGGGUUUCGAUGAUUGAAUGUUAUUUAAUCUGGACUCGGACUUUGUUGCUCUAUUUUUACUUUUUUUUUUUUUUUUUUCUCGUCGCACUUUUUGCUUUUUUAGUU